AUGCUUCGAGAUGAUCCUGGUGUUGUUCCAAUCGUACAAGGAAUGGAUGUUUUCAGUUCAGAACAUAGUCUCUCCCCGGCUCGCCAAAUCGCAUCAACCACAACUCUCCAAGACAUUCAAGCCUUCCAAGCCAUCUCGGAGUCCUGGGCAACCAUGGCAUUCACACCAUCCUCGGUAACUCGUGGUGAUUACAAGUACGACCUUAAAGGAAUAUCUCAAAAGCCACUCGAACCUUUCGGCUUGUACAUUAUCAAAGAUAACGAUGGUAGAAAUAUGAUAGCAGUUCCUUAUCACCAAGAGAUGCUGAGUAAUGGGCGCGAGGAUUUAGGUCAAGCGAUGUUAUCGGUUUUCUCAGUGGACCUCUUGAAUCCCCGACCCAUUCAACCCCAAAACUUCUAUCCUGGAGACGCUAUCUGUGUCAUGAGUAUGUACGUGAAUCCCGUAUUUGAAGAUAAGUGGAUGAUCAAAAACUUCUAUCUAGUUCAAAGAUCCUUGAUUCACAACUGCCUUCUCACCCAACAAUCCCACUUGGGCUCUAAACCCUUUUGUAUUGUGGAUGGGUUCAAUGUGCUCCUGGCGGCUCGGAAGUGGAUGUUUCGAGAUGCUGGGGUCACUUCUAAAGAUUUGUUCGCAGUUGGUACGGUAUUCCAACCAGAGUUGGAGGUAGCUGGAUGUGGGUUUGUGCCAUCUAUAGUGCAGAGUCAUAAGGUGGAGGAGGAUCCGGAUGUCCUCCGUUUCUCUCGCUUUAUAUUAUCUGGGGUUCUUGCCAUGGAGAAUAAGAAUCGACACUUGACUUCUUACUCUACAAAAAUUGAUGCUAUCCUUCUUACUCCUACAGGUCGCGGAGUGAAAUUCAACAUUCAAAAACCCAAGGGACGGGAUCUUUUGUGUCUUUGGAAGCGAGGAAACACAUUCGUCCUCAGGGGAACAGGCUUAUCGAUAGCCAUGGAGGUUCAAGAAGCUUCUGGAACUUCAGAGGAAAUUUGGAUCAGUGCUUGCCCAUUAGAUCCUUACCAUCAAAACCUGUUGCCAGAAUUACUAGGAUCUGAAGUUCAAGUUUUCCAGAGACUUGAAGACACCAAACACAUUUUGGAGGCGUUCCCGACGAACGGAACCCCAGCAAAGUUCCUGGACAUCUUGCUGGGAUCCCAAACUAUCAAUUGGAGAUGUCCUCCUCAAUUCAACUACUUCUUCGCGCUUGUCAACUCCAGCUAUCCUGUUGUAGCCCUAAAUGCUGGACCUGGCUGUGGGAAGACUUCGAUUUUAGUCUCUGCUGCUAACCAAUCCAGUAGUGGAUUCCACGUGGCGGUUGCUCAAUCAAGUCUGUGUGUAGUGAGAAUGAUUCGGGAGCAUUUAAAGUUCCCAGGAUGUGCUAGAGCCGUGAGGAUUGUAGAUCGCAAUGAAGAAGCCUAUCCUACAGAAAUUGAUCUACCAACUUUAUGGCCAAAGGUAUUCAAGGAGUACUUGAAGGAAGUCGAAGGUCAGGAGGUAGAUCAAAUCGCCCGAAACGUUCAAAUGAAUUCUCGACGAUUGGCUCCUGAUGUAUUGAAUUGUUGCUCAGAGUUAUUCUAUGAAGAUCGUCUAGCCAAUGAAGCCAAUGGAACAUUCGUCUCAGCGAAUUGUGGAUUGUUGGCAUCAUUAGGAAUAAGAAGUGGAUAUGGCAUUCAGGUCAUAGAUUUUGGAAUCCAAACAACCUACAAGAACGUUUACUCUCUCAAAGAAGCAUACUUGGCUAUUGACCUAGCUGAUCUAUUCCCUCGAAAUCUUUCUAUUGGAAUCCUUUGCUUCUCUAAGAAACAAGCCAGCUUGAUCUCCAUGAUGCCAGAGCUCAAAUCCUUCACCGGGACCAUCGAGCCUGCCCAAGGCAUCUCUUUCGAUGUCACUAUAAUUCUGACGAAUGGAUUUUUGGAAGACGAAAAAUACAAUGAAAAAUAUGAACGACGAAUGAAUACCGCGUUAUCUAGAGCCAAUAAACUAUGCAUCUUGGUGACGGAUGUUGGAAAAGCGAGAAGUAUUUCGAUAUGGAAUAAAUUGCUCCAGAAGAUUCCAAAGGUAUCUCUUAUAGGAAGCGAGAAAGUUGAUCUCAACGUUUGGAUGGAGUUCCAUCAGAGGACGUACUUGCCAACUGGGCCGGCUCAUAACUCGGACUCGAUAAGAUCUACAAACCUAUACCUUAAUCAACUAUAUUCAAAUGAGUUUUCAAUCAAAAGACCCGGGUUUGAAAACUUCUUUAAUUUUGUCUUAUUUUGUAGAUCUCAUUAA